AGGAGAUCUUGUCCUUGAAACCCCAAGCAUGGCGAGACAAGGAGAUGAAGAAGCUCUGCGUCAGACUCAUCCCCUUCUGGAGAAUCACAACGACGUACUGCUUCGUCGAUGCGCCUCCAAGGCUACUUCUCAGGUUGCAAUUGUCGGCUCCAAUGUCUGUCCCAUCGAGAGUUUGGAUUACGAGUUGAUUGAGAAUGAUUUCUUCAAGCAGGAUUGGAGGAGCCGUGACAAGAUCCAGAUUUUUCAGUACUUAUUCAUGAAAUGGAUAUUGUGUUUCCUUAUAGGAUCUCUUACUGGACUCGUCGGAUUCUUCAACAACCUCGCCGUCGAGAAUGUUGCUGGAAUGAAGUUUGUCAUCACAUCGAAUAUGAUGUUGGAGCAUAGGUAUGUGAUGGCCUUUGCGGUUUUUACGAUUUGCAACUUAGCUCUCAUUCUGUUUUCGUCCGUAAUUACUAUUUUUCUAGCGCCGGCAGCCGCUGGUUCGGGUAUACCUGAAAUCAAGGCUUAUUUGAACGGUGUGGAUGCUCCAGGGAUCCUGUCUAAGCGGACUCUGUUCGUAAAGAUUAUUGGUAGCAUUACAGCAGUGUCUUCAUCUCUAAAUGUGGGAAAGGCAGGACCCAUGGUGCAUACUGGUGCAUGUAUUGCAGCAUUACUAGGUCAGGGUGGAUCAAAGAGAUAUGGUUUAACAUGGAGAUGGCUACGUUUCUUCAAGAAUGAUAGAGAUAGGCGUGAUCUUGUAACCUGCGGAUCAGCCGCCGGAAUUGCUGCUGCUUUCCGUGCACCUGUUGGAGGUGUUCUGUUUGCUCUGGAAGAAAUGGCAUCAUGGUGGAGAAGUGCCCUUCUUUGGAGAGCAUUCUUCACAACAGCUGUGGUUGCUAUUGUUCUCCGUGCUCUGAUUGACAUUUGUAUUAGUGGCAAGUGUGGCUUAUUUGGUAAAGGAGGGCUGAUAAUGUUCAACGUGACCUCAGAAAAUGUUACUUAUUACCUUUCAGACGUACCUGCCGUUCUAGUUCUUGGAGUUAUUGGAGGUGUAUUGGGAAGUUUUUAUAAUUUUCUUCUGCAGAAGGUCCUCCGAGUAUACAAUUUAAUCAAUGCGAAAGGACAUGCUUACAGAAUAGUUCUUGCUUGCUCAAUCUCCAUAUUCACAUCCUGUUGUCUAUUUCUAUUACCGUGGCUUGCAACUUGCCGACCUUGCCCCGCUGAUGCAUCAGAAGCAUGCCCAACAAUUGGAAGGUUUGGUAACUACAAGAAGUUCCAAUGUCCUCCAGGUCAUUACAAUGAACUCGCCAGCCUGUUUUUCAACACUAAUGAUGAUGCGAUUAGAAACCUUUUCAGCAAGAACACAGAUGAUGAAUUCCACCAUGUGUCUAUCCUCCUCUUCUUUGUAACUUUGUAUUGUCUUGGUAUCUUGAGUUAUGGGGUUGUGGCUCCUUCAGGUCUCUUUGUGCCAGUAAUUGUGACAGGGGCAGGAUACGGCCGUUUUGUUGGAAUGCUGAUGAAGCCACACUCGAAUCUCAACCACGGCCUCUUCGCUGUGUUGGGUUCUGCUUCCCUUCUUGGUGGAUCAAUGAGGAUGACUGUCUCCUUAUGUGUUAUUCUCUUGGAACUGACAAAUAGUCUGCUAUUGCUGCCCCUGAUGAUGCUGGUUCUUCUUGUCUCAAAGACUGUAGCUGACACUUUUAAUGGCAAUAUAUAUGACAUUAUUAUGAAGCUGAAAGGGCUUCCUUACCUAGAUGCUCAUGCAGAGCCAUACAUGAGGCAACUGUCAGUUAGUGAUGUUGUCACAGGCCCACUUCAGGUCCUCAAUGGCACUGAAAAGGUCAGCAAUAUAGUACACGUCCUCAAAACUACAAGACAUCAUGGAUUCCCUGUGAUUGAUGAACCUCCAGUUUCAGCUUCUUCACAAUUGUACGGCCUAAUCCUCCGCACCCACCUUAUUGUGUUGUUAAAGAAGAAAGAUUUCCUGCCUACCCCUGUAUCUACCAUCAUUGAUGCCACAGAUCAGUUCUCUGGUGAUGAUUUUUCAAAGAGGGGUUCAGGUAAUAGUGAGAAGAUAGAAGACAUAAUAUUGACGAAGGAAGAUAUGGAGAUGUUUGUGGAUUUGCAUCCAUUUACAAAUGCUUCACCCUAUACAGUAGUAGAAACAAUGUCACUUGCAAAGUCUCUCAUACUUUUCCGAGAAGUUGGUUUGAGACACCUGUUGGUGAUACCCAAGGGCUCUAGUAGAUAUCCAGUCGUAGGCAUAUUAACGAGGCAUGAUUUUAUGCCUGAACAUAUUUUGGGGUUGCAUCCUUCCUUAGGGAAAAGCAGAUGGAAGAGACUAAGAUUCUAGUCCUGCAGUUAUAUUAAAAUUUUUUGGGCAUCUCAGGAAGAUAUGAGAAUCUACAUUUGAGUUGGCAAAUAGUGAUCCUUAAAGAGCUAUUCGAGGUACAUAAUUUAUGGUAGUUUUAACAUCGUCAUUUCUUUUCUUGAAAUCCUUUGAAGCAGGAUGAGGUUGCAUUAUUUGUCUUGACUGUAUCUGAACUGUAAUGCAUUUGCCAUAUAACAGUGAUUUUAUCUCAUAGAAUCAAGUGCAACACACUCU